UUGGAAUCACCACGGCGCGUCGGCGAUGCUGUUACGUAAAGGACGCUUCGCACCCUACCCGCCACGGGUACGACAUAGACGGUACCACAUGUGGUACCAUGAAAAAACACUUUCUCGGCCGAGUAGGGAGCUCCAAGGGGGGAAGGGGGGCAUCCUCCUUUGCCCAACAUGAACAACGACUAUAAAAGUCAUUGAGCAGCUCAAAAUGGCAAUCAGUUCAUUUGGUGCACCGCCAAAGAACCGUUUGAGAUUAUCGACAUGAGAUCUUUGAUACGACCCCUCUUACUCUUAGUCCUCGUGGCAGUGGCGCUGAACAGCGUCCAGGCCGAGGAGAAGAAAUCAGAGGACAAGAAGCAGACAAAGCGUGGGCUGCUCAGUUUGGGCUACGGCUACGGCGGAGACUUCGACAACGGCUACCACGUGGGCCAAGGAGGCCAUGGGUUAGAUGGAGGCUACCUGGUGGGCCACCAUAGCCACGGAGCUUUCGAUCUGGGCUCUUCCGCACAUGUUGAGAAGACCAUCACUGUUGUCAAAGGAAUCCCAGUGCCUUAUCCUGUUGAGAAGCACAUUCCUUAUCCUGUCACCAAACACGUCCCUUACCCAGUCAAAGUACUGGUACCGCAGCCUUACCCUGUAGAGAAGCAUGUUCCCUAUCCAGUAAGAGUACCUGUGAAGGUCGCCGUACCCGUUCCUCAGCCCUACCCCGUUGAAAAGAUCGUGCAUGUUCCCUACAAGGUCCAUGUUGAUAGGCCGUACCCAGUCAAAGUACUUGUUCCCCAACCUUACCCUGUCGAGAAGCACGUUCCUUAUCCAGUGAAAGUUCCAGUUCCCCAGCCUUAUCCAGUUGAGAAACCAGUUCCAUACCCAGUCAAAGUACCUGUACAUGUUCCUCAACCUUAUCCAGUUUACAAGGAAGUACCUGUUCCAGUGAAAGUACCAGUCGACAGGCCGUACCCAGUUCAUGUGCCUCAGCCUUACCCAGUGCAUGUCAUCAAGAAAAUUCCGGUACCUGUAGAAAGACCAGUGCCCUACCCAGUCAAAGUCGCCGUAGACAGGCCCGUACCAUAUCCCGUAGAAAAACCAUACCCAGUCCCAGUUAAAGUACCUGUACCCGCACCAUACCCCGUAGAAAAACACGUACCGUACCCCGUAGAAAAACCUGUACCUUACCCAGUAAAGGUAGCCGUCGACAGACCUGUGCCUUACCCCGUAGAAAAACCAGUACCGUACCCCGUAGAAAGACCAGUGCCGUACCCAGUGAAAGUACCUGUGGCAGUGCCUGUACAUGAUCAUCACCACAGCCAUGAUUACGAUGGAGGAUAUGGUGGGUACGACUAUGGCCAUUGAGCACAUUGGGCAGUGCUGACAGUACUGCUUAAGUGAUCCACACUAUGUGUGCCUCUUGUACAUUAUGUGCAUGUCUUUUGUAUGUAAACUAUUUAUGUGUCCCUGUGUUACCUGUUCUUGAUAAAUCUGUUAUAUUUUUUUUUAAAUAAACAAUAUUUAUUUAAGUGAUUAUGUCUUUGAGAAAUAAAGGUUCUGAUAUCUGUACGGAUAUCUUCUGUGGUUUGUAUUAAAUGGUUGAACCAAUGAAUUCGUCUAACAACAUAAUUAUCCGCGAUCACUCACACUUUUAAAAAAUAAUACUGAAAAUACUAAUAUAAUGACAGAACUGUCAAAAAACAACUUGUGUUAAGUCCAAUUGUAGUACGCACUUUCACCCUGCUAAGAUUUUGGAGACAUAGAGAUCGGAGGCUUGCCUUUCCUACCUAGUCUAAUUAUCCGUUGGUUAAAACAAAGAAUAUCAAAUUUUGACUUGUGAGAGCUUUUUAUGUUAUGAAUUGAAGUUUUUCGUAUAAAAUUUCGUGAAACCUGCAAAUCGUGAAUAGUUACCCAAUAACAAAACAGACAAAUGCUCUUCAAAAUGUUUGGAGAUCUGCUACUUGCGCUCCUCUUGUGUUUGAAAAAGAUCAGCCGUCCAGAGUCUCUAGAGGAUUGGAAGCUUGCGUUCUACCUGAAGGAUUCUUUUUUAAGCUUAACAUGUGAAUUUUGAAUAUAGAAGGAAUUAUUUUCAACAUGUUCGCCCUGUAUCAAAAAAUUGUGAAAGAACAAAAUAGACUUACAGCAGGCCAAAUGAUUACCAUGAAUUUUUGCCCCAUAUUAUAAAAACAAUCUGUGUAUGGUCACGAUUCAACCUUGAAGACCAACUCAAUCCCUUCGUUUCAAAUGCAAAGCUUGUUGUUUAUAAGCCAUUGUAAUCUGUGCAUAAUGAAGAGAAACGAAAGUAUAAGAAGCGAUUCAUAGUAGUUGCAACCUUCUGUUUUAUCCAUUAUUUCUUUCGAAACAGACUUAUUAUAUCCCAGUCUCGCUAAUCACUCUGUAGGUCAUCUACCAAAGAACACACCAAUUAUGCAAAAUACGAACACUGUUCUUUCUUAAACGCACUUUGUACACUUUCAGAAGAAAGCUUGAGUGUAGUGGUGACGUUUUUAUUAAAUCUUGCUAAUCACUUCGUAGGCCAAACACAACCAUAAUGUAUAAACAUCAUGAUAGGUAGAGUGUCUUAGUACCUUCCAUACAUUCACGUUUUGAAUGCCUAGUAUCAGGUAUGUACGAGGCUUAUCUUUUAAGUAAGAACCUUUAUGCAGUGGAGUCAGAGAAAUUUUAUUCAUUCACGUAAAUUAUAUCACAAUCUGAAAUAUGAACAUUUUUUCAUUCUUAAACAUAAUCAAAUAAGCAUUCAAACAUUUGUCGAGUCAUGGUACCAGCUUUUGGAUCUCGUCGUCUGGUUGUCGCCUGGCCGUUACGCCAAUUAGUAACUGUUUCUGUCAACAUGCCAUCGUUUCCAAGCGCACGCCACUAAGAAAUUCCUUAAGUUAAAAAACAAUGAAAUUCUGAUGGUGCUAAGCCGAGAAUUACCGUGAAGUAGUACGACCCCGUUGGGAGCAUCAUCCUCCGCUGGUGGUUUUGAAUAGCAGAAUAGAGCGCCUAAUUCAACAAGCUGCUGAUCAGUUUCAACAGGAGCAUUUUUUGUCGAAUUACUGAGCGCACUGCAUCAUCGGCGGGUUUGCUGAUUUACUUGGGAGUAAACAAAGCGGAUGCGCGGGCACGACGAGCAAUCGAUUCUUACUUUAAGAAUGGCCCUCGUACGAGAAGCUUAAAACACAUGAUAAUAAAAUAACAGUCUCACAAUAACACUACGUUCUAAAGCAAGAAGCAAUUCUCGGAUUCCCAACUUUUGAAACAUCAUUUUUCGGUAAGGAUUUUGUAGUUUUAUAUUAUUUUAUUACCUCAUCAUAAUAACGGCCUGUCUAUUUAGUUCUUGCCGUUUGUAAAAUCUAUUACAUGUCUCACAUGUUGUAACAACUGUAUAACAAUUAAAUAAAGC